AUGUCCGCGCCCGGCACGACGAGGGGCGUGAUGCGCUCGCUCAAGCACCUGCAGCCGCCGACCAAGGGGUCCAAGUUCGCAGUGCGGGCGCCCACGCACGCCGCGCACCGCGCCAAGUUUGUCCACGUCAAGGACCGGGUGCCCUACUGGAACAUUGUGCCCGGCGACCACGUCCGGCUGCGUUCCGGCCGCGUCGGCCAGAAGCAGGGCCUCGACAGCGACGAGGAGCCAAAGAUCCGCGGCGAGGGUAUCGUCCUCAGCAUCGAUCGGGAGAAGAACUGGGUCUGGCUCCGCGAUGUCGAUGAGCAGAACCAGCUCUCGCCCAAGUCGCUGCGGCACGUUGUCCCUCGAUUGGUGGACCCGGGAGACCCGUCCAAGGGCUACGGCCCCAACGUGUCCGAGAUCCCGCGCCCCGUCCACUACUCGAACCUCAUGCUCAAGAUCCCCGGCUCAGAACAAUACGCGGUGCGGCUGUCCCGUUCGCAGGUCAAGUACGACAAGCGCAAGGGCAUGUUCAAGUGGAAGCGCUUCGCCACCAUCCGCAACUCGGAAGACGAGAUCGCCAAGACGGGCAAGACGUUUGAGAAGGUCGAGGUGCCGUGGCCCAAGCUGCCGGGCAGGAAGAGGACGCUCGACUCGUACCACAGCGCCUCGUUCGAGGUCGAAAACGAGACGUGGGCGCCAUGGCGACCCGAGGACCCCGUGUACCUGCCCGGGCCGGCGGCACGGACGUCUGCGCAGUCGGAGCUGCACGCCCAGGCGCUUCGGCUGCAGCGUGGCGGGAUGAGCGAGGCCAAGCUGGCCAAGUCGGGCAUCACGCUUCCCGCCGCGCUCGAGAUGCUCAAGCUGCGCAGCGGCGACACGAGCGGCGGCAAGGUGGGCACCUACGCCGGCUUCAAGACGGCGCGCGCCAAGUCGGCUCCGAUCGCGCAGCCACCCACGCCCGCCGAGAUGGUGCAGGCGCAGCGCCGCGACGUCGGUGGCUGGGCGAGCGAUGCCGAUAUCGUCCGGCACAGGCGCAACGGCGGUCUCGCCUUCGCCGCUACCGACUACCUCGACAUCGCACCGCGCCACGGACCCGCCCACGGCGGAGACUGGUCCGACCUCCCGCACUCGACCCAGCACGGCGGCCUCGACGGCGAGCGCGACCGCGCCACCGGUCGCCUCGUCAACGGCCUCAGCCGGAACGACGUCGACCGCAUGCCCAUCGAGCUCCUCAUGAAGAAUGACCUCGUCAACGAGUCCGGCCUCAAGUGGAGGAUGCGGAGGUGGAAGGACAAAAAGGCCCACGAGCAGGAGCAGGCCGCCCUCCUCAACAGGCAGCGCGACAAGCUCCUCCGGGAGCUCAACGUUCUCAAGAUUUAG